CUUCAGAUUAUUCAACUGUCUCAAAUGGCCUCCAACUCUCUCUUUUGCUCUCUACUUUCUUAUUAUAACAGCAAGUCUUUCAUGCUUUCAUUUUCCUCUUCUCUUUCUUCCUUUGUCACUCCUACUACAGCGACUGCUUCAAACUCUUGAACCUUCGUGUCUCUCUCUCUCUCUCACUGUUUGUUUAUGUAUGAGCAACUCAAGUCUGUAACCGUCCCUUUUCUUUUACUUCUUCCUUUGACUUGACUUCAAACUUCCCUUCUCUGUUGAUGGUUUAAUGUUCACUUUUGGGUUUGAAUUUUUCAUCAUAUUUUUUACCCAAGAAUAAGUAGUGAGAACAAGUUAUUUGGGUGGUAAUAAUAGAUUGAGAUUGAGAUUUUCACUAGCCAAUUUGACAGAAUCUUGUGGUCUAGAAGGCUUCUGAUCAAUGUCAAGGGACGAAGAAAUCCUGGGGGAAGAAGGUAUACAGAACUCGGGCAUAAACAAUCAAGAAAUCUUGGAAGGAUGGGUGCUUGCUGGGAAUAGUAGUGAUGACCAUCUGGUUAGUUCACCCAAAAAGAUGAAGCUUUGUGGUGCUAAUCAGAAAGCAAUGACAAAUUUGGAUGGAUAUUCUUCCAGUGAGAGUAGGCUUCAUGGUUCUGCAGGUGAAGAACCUCAGGAUGCAGAUUAUACAUUUGUACCCUCUCUCAAUGAUGAUUUGGAGAAUCUAAUCAUCGCCCGGGUUCCGAGAGAAGAAUACUGGAAGUUUUAUUCAGUGAACAAGAGAUUUUUCUCUCUUCUGAAGAGUGGUGAACUCCUCAAGAUAAGAAAGGCAUAUGGGUUUGAAGAAACAAGUGUGUUUAUGUUUGCAAGUGGCCAUAGCAGUUGGUGGGCAUUUGACAGGCAAUUUAAGUCCAAUAGAAUGCUUCCAGAGUUACCAUCAGAACUGUGUUUUAAAUUGGGGGAUAAAGAAUCACUUUGUGCUGGUACUCAUCUGAUUGUUUCAGGAAAGGAGGUAGAUGGUGGUGUUGUCUGGAGGUAUGAAUUAGAAACAAAUAAAUGGUCUAAGGGUCCUUCCAUGAUAAGUCCCCGGUGCCUAUUUGCCUCUGCUAGCUGUGGCACCUUUGCAUAUGUAGCCGGUGGGCUCGGGUUGGAAGCCGGUUGUGGAGUCUUGAAUACAGCAGAGAGGUACAAUCCACAGACUAAAUCCUGGGACCAACUUUCGGACAUGAAUAAACAGCGAAAGCUUUGCUCAGGUUGUUACAUGGAUAACAAGUUUUAUGUAAUUGGGGGCAGAAAUCAAGACAAUCAGCCUCUUGAUUGUGGAGAGGCCUAUGAUGAAUGUAAAAAUGAAUGGAAACUGAUUCCAGGGAUGUUGAAAGACUUUCCAGCUGAGACAUUUCAGUCGCCACCCCUUGUUGCUGUUGUAAGCAAUGAGCUUUAUUCACUUGAGACUACUUCAAAUGAAUUAAGGUUGUAUCUGAAAAAGAGCAAUUCAUGGCAGAACUUAGGAUUGGUUCCGGUCAGAGCUGAUGUUAAUAGAGGUUGGGGUGUAGCAUUCAAAUCCCUGGGCAAUGAGCUUCUUGUAAUUGGUGCAUCCGCAGCUUCUCGCGACAGUAUGAGCAUAUACACAUGCUGUCCCAAAUCUGAUUCCAAGGAAUUGCAAUGGAGACUUCUUGAUUGCGGCCAGAACCCACUUAGUCAUUUUAUUCACAACUGUUCUGUUAUGAUAGCAUGAACCUGAUUAUCUAAGAAGUAACCUUAUAGAGUUGCAUGAUAGGGAGUUUCUAAAUAAACACCAGGUUCUGAUGAUAGGGAGUUGUGAGACAUUUCCAUUAUCUUCUUAUGUAUUGCAUGAGGUGUCCCUUCAAACUUCAUAUGACAUUUGAGAAAUCUAAGCAACCUUGAUCUUCUUCUUUUUGUA